GUUAUUAAGAUACAUAAAGUUAUACAAAUUUUGUCCAAUUAAAGAGGUUAUGCGAAAAUAGUGCUGGAAAAAAUAGGGAAACGUGUGGACCACUUUAAUAAUAUGUUCCGUCUUCAUUCAUAGCUGCAGGAAAGUUAACUGUUUACUUUAUUGACACGAUAGCGUCGCGCGUCUCUGUGUAUUUUUCCUUCUCUAUUAUCGUCACGCGAAUUGACCCCUGCAGCCUUCUUAUCGUCGUUGCUAUUCUGGCCAUACGUUGUAUUCGUUUUCGCCGUUUCCUCCAAUACGGGACCAAAAAUUCUCAUCGCGUAGCGGUCAUUACGUCGUUGUCAUUCGCCCUGGUCGGUCAACGAAAGUGUAAAUACUCGCGGUUCGCGAUCGAUACCCGACAAACGACACCGUGGUUGCCUUCAUAAUGAGUCGUGCAAGCGUUAACGUGUUGGUCACAACGCCAAGCAGAACUGGCUGGAAAGUUCGAUUCGACGAGUCGAACAUCUUCUGUAAGGGAUCCAUUCAUCGGUCGAUGCUCGAUUUUGGUUUGAAUCUCGGGACGAGAAUGGCCAAGCACAAUCGUAGCGAGCAGUACCUGGAUAGCUGCAACGAGGGCGGUGGCAUGCAAACAGAUAAGCGUGAAUUAGGUCAGAGAAUAUUUGUCAACCGUAGUCUACAUUUAGAAAACAUCAAGUUCUAUGGCUUCGAUAUGGAUUACACGUUGGCAGAGUACAAGUCGCCGCAGUACGAGCAACUGGGUUUCACGUUGCUGAAAGAUCGCCUCGUGUCGUUGGGAUAUCCGCAAGAAAUUACAGCGUUCGAGUACGAUCCAAGCUUUCCAGUGCGAGGGUUAUGGUUCGACACUCUUUACGGAAAUCUCUUGAAGGUGGAUGCUUACGGAAACAUUCUAGUUUGUGUUCACGGUUUCGAGUUUUUAAAACAUUCACAAGUAUACGAGCUUUACCCAAACAAAUUUUUACAAUUGGACGAAUCCAGGGUUUACGUGCUCAACACGCUGUUCAAUCUUCCCGAAACGUAUUUGCUAGCAUGCCUGAUAGACUUUUUUACCAAUUCGCCGCAAUACUCGCGAGAGAAGACAGGCGUGAAAGAAGGAGAGCUCACGAUGAGCUUCAAGAGUAUAUUCCAGGACGUUCGAAGCGCAGUGGACUGGAUACAUCUACACGGUGACCUUAAAACUAAAACUAUCGAGAAUUUGGACGAGUACGUGAAAAAAGACGAAAGGCUACCGAUGUUCCUUACCAGGAUCCGGGAAAGCGGGGCGAGAGUGUUCCUUUUAACGAAUAGCGAUUACGUUUUUACCGAUAAAAUAAUGACUUAUCUCUUUGAUUUUCCACACGGAGCAAGGCCCGACGAACCUCACAGAAAUUGGAAAACAUAUUUUGAUACUAUCGUAGUAGACGCCAGGAAGCCGUUGUUUUUCGGAGAAGGUACAAUUUUGCGACAAGUAGAUACGAGGACCGGUGCUUUGAAGCUAGGAACACACAAGGGCCCGCUUCAUACAGGUGAAGUUUACUCAGGUGGUUCGUGCGACGUGUUCACCGAGCUUAUAGGCGCAAAGGGCAAAGACGUUUUGUACGUUGGAGAUCAUAUUUUUGGUGAUAUUUUAAAGAGUAAAAAAAUUAGAGGGUGGAGAACGUUUUUGAUAGUGCCUGAACUCGUUCAAGAACUUCAUGUUUGGACGGACAAGUGUCAAUUAUUCGCUGAAUUACAGAACCUAGAUGUUAUGCUAGGAGAAAUGUAUAAAAAUUUAGAUAGCAGCACAAAAGAAAAACCUGACAUUUCAAAGCUCCGAGCAUCCAUAAGGGACGUCACGCACAAAAUGGAUCUGUCUUACGGAAUGAUGGGUUCUCUGUUUCGUAGCGGAAGUAGGCAAACCUUUUUCAGCAGUCAAGUGGUGAGGUAUGCUGAUCUUUACGCGGCAACCUUCUUGAACCUCAUUUAUUAUCCGUUCUCGUACAUGUUUCGAGCUCCUGCCAUGUUGAUGCCCCAUGAAAGUACAGUGGCUCACGAACAGAGAUUUGUAAUGGAAACACCAAUGAUUAGUCGAUCCCGAACUUUUAAGUUUAACGACGAAGAAGAAGAACCAACCAAGCCUUCGAAGACGUUAUACGUGGAUUCUGCAAACAAUCAAAUACCACAUGCAAGGCCUGAAACUCCGCGCAAUGUAACGCAUACACACGACGAAGAUUGUAGUGACGAAGACAGUGACUCUCAAAAGCACGGGAAUCACGUAAGAACGUGUUCAAGAAGUGGUAACUGUAAAUGAAUUAUUUUUCAUGCUACUUCUUUCCGUUACGUUUCGUUCCUACAUUCUUUCAAUGAUUUAGCGAUAUUACUGGAAGGUUUGAUACGACCCCGCUAUGUGAAAGAAGUACUUCGAGAUCUUGAUCGGAUGUAUGGAAUGAUUUCUUCAGACUAAGUUUCAUUUUUGCAUUCUUUCAAUCAUUUAUUAAUAGCGUAAAAUUUGAUAUGGUUUUGCCACUCUGUAAUUAUAUUCUCAAAUCUUGAUUAGAUUUAUUUAACUAUUUAUAAUUAAUAACGUCAUUGGUUAAUUAGUCCAAUGUAUGUGUACAUAAAAGUAUGUACAAUUGUUUUUAACUAUCAUUUUAGAUGCAAUAUAUUACUCGGGUAUAAUUCAAGAAAAAAAAUUGUUUAAUUUUCACGUUCUAUUUCCAUUACGAUAUUUUCAAUAGAACAAAUAUUCCAAAAUGAACGCAAUAUAUUUACGGGUUAAUAUAUAUAUAAACUGAAUUUAUCGUCAUAUAAUAUGACUUAAAAAGUUGCAAGUUAUGAAUUACUGUAAACAGCAAUGUAUGUUAAUAUGCAUGUUAAUGUAUAUCUCUUGUUGACUUGGCUCUAUAUUUAUUUAAAUUCAAAUAAAACUGUACGAGAUUGCAAAAUAUUUCCAGUCAAGGAAUUUAGGAAUUCUUCUAUAUCUUCAUAAAUGAUUAUUUUAUUAGUUACUCACAUCUAUUGAUAAUAUUAUAUACUAGAGUACUAUAAUGUUAUUAAUAUAUUUUAAUUAAUAAUGAAAACGAAUCAAAUACAGGAUAUAGUUGUUAAUUCUUUCGUAUCGGUAAUAACUUUUUAACUAAGGGACAAGAGAAGCAAUAUUUUAUUGCUCACUAGUAAUAAAAUAACGUUUUUUAGUUAUGUCUUAUUUUCAAAUAUACAUCCAUUUUCGCACAAAAAUUUGGGAUUUUCAUAGAGAUAUUAAAUUUUUGCAUUACAAAAGUAUCUACAUACUCUAGACUUUCUCAUGUAUGUACAAUACAUUUUAUAUGUUUAGUUUCAUGCAAUAUAUCCAUAACCAUAAACUUGUUAUAUGUUAUAUGAGAAUAGUAAGUGUUAUAAAUAUUGAAAAUAGAAUAAGAUUGAGUAUUAGGCUAGUCUUUUUACAUAAAAUUUAGUUAAAUGACGCGAUAAGAGUAGAAUUAAAUUGAAAAAAAAAAUGAAAAAAAAAACAGUCGAAUUGUUAUCGAAUCUUUGUUACAUAAAUUGCAUUAAGAAUGCAUAAAACAUGUGUUCUUAUCCAACUAUACUCUUAAUUUUUAUUAUAUAGGUAAUAAUACACGAUCUUGUUACUGUUCCAAGUUUUACAUUGAGAACGUGAUGAUUACAAACAAAAGUAUAAGCAAAACAUUGCUGAAGUAGCUAAUAAAAUCGAAAGUCUUUCUCGUAAUGCUUUCUCAGAUUGUAGUGCUGAAGUCGAGAAUGACAAUUUAUCAAAUCAUUGUCAUACAGCAUCAGUUGAGAAUAAAAUUGAAAUAUAAAUAAUAUUUUAUUAUUAAUUUCCAGAAUCAAUUUUAUAAAUUAAAUAGUUCAUAGUGAACAUUCAGGCAGCAAUGAUUUAUACAUUAUAAUACUCGUUAGAUUUUGAAGUAAUAAAACUCAUGGAAAUGUAUUAUAAAAUAAUACAUUAACCAUUAAAUUGAUCACAUUUCACAGAUAGGCAAACUAGAAGUUGAUUUUAUUUUUUGAACUGUAUAUAUAUUAUGAAGGUUGUUGAACAUUCUUGACUGUAAUAAAAUAAGUAAAUAGUUGUAUUUAUUUAUUAUACAAAAUACAUCUACAUAUGUAUGUAUACUACAUAUACAUUGGCUGGUGCUAGGUUUUCUCAUACUGUGAAGAUUUAAUUUUUUUGCAAACACAAUUAUAAACGAACGAGAGUUAUUUUAUUUAUAAAAGUUUUAUUACCAUGCGAUAUAAUGGUAGAAUGUGAAUCAUGUAUCAAUCAAAAUAAAAAUACGAUUAUAACUGUUA